AUGGUGAAGCCAUGGAUAACCCUAAUAUUAAGCUCAAUGUUACUCAUAGCCAUGUCUCUUGUCCAUGCCAUUGAUCAAGACCCUUUAGCCGUAGAAGAAUGGUUCAAAAACCUACCCACCAUGACCCAAAAGCAGACCCACCUUCACUUCUAUCUACACGACUUAGUCAGUGGCACCUCCCCCACCGCCAUGAGAGUCGCCGAAUCCACCAUCACCUCCACCUCUCCAACUGCGUUCGGGUUCCUCGCCAUGGCUGACGACAAGCUCACCACCGGACCUGAACCAAACUCUACUGUUGUCGGUCAAGCACAAGGCAUCUAUGGUUCGGCGUGUUUGGAGGAGUCUGGUUUACUGAUGACCAUGAACUUGGUGUUCACCGGAGGGGAUUACAAUGGUAGUACUCUUAGUUUGUUGGGGCGGAAUGCGGUGUUUCAUCCUUACCGUGAGAUGCCGAUUGUUGGUGGGUCUGGUGUUUUUAGGAUGGCGAGGGGUGUCGCCACCGCAAAAACUCAUGAUUUUAAUCUUACCUCCGGUGAUGCGGUUGUGGAAUAUAACGUCAUGGUUGUUCAUUAUUGA